AAUGUCAAACUGACGUUUAAGUCUUAGAAAUGAACGAGGAAAUUGACGAAUCGGAGUUUUACCACCAAGAUUUUACAACCGCCUCCGAAUGGGAAAUUUUUAUUGCACGCAUUGAAGAGAUCAUAAAUCAAUGGAAAACGGAAGAAUUAAAAGAUUUAGAUAAUGAAUUUGGCGAAAUUUGGAGCAUCAAAAGCAAAAACCUCUGCUUCGUUGACGUUGACUUCAAGUUGACUUUUCUUAGAAAACAAUCCAGUUUGUCAAAGGAAGAAGACAAUGAGGAAGUCAAGAAGAAAAACCCUUUUGACACAUUGUACGAUUUUGAACUAUACAAUUCAAUGAACACAGUUGAACACUCCUGUCUAAGUAAAUGGUACGGCAUUGAUGAAUACAUAGUUUUAAGUCCUUCGGGCAAUUUUGGAAUAAAUUCAGAAAGUCGGAUUAAAGUCUUGCUAAGCUCCGUGUAUGUUGCAUCAGCUAACUUAAAGUGUGAAAUCCCGAUUUUUGUGCAAAUUAGAGAAAAAUGGCAAAAUUGCUAUUUAGGCGUUUACGAAUCGGAUUCAAUAAGAACCAAUCUAGAGAUGGUGCAUUUGAAAACAAGUCCGCGAUCGUAUCAGUAUUUGUCAGGAUUGUUGGAGAUGUUCAAAUCGAAAAUCCUCUCACCCAUGACGAUGACCACCAUCAUGGUCUCCUUACAAUCAAGCUACGUUUUAACAGAUUUUGGUAAUUUUGUGUGGAAGCAAGAUUACAUAAACUUCGACAGUGACCACUUUGAUGGCACAGAAGUAUACAAUGUCCCAUUUGGGGUAACAGUCGACCCAAUAGAGUCACUAAUCCUCAAGACAUCAUGGUCUCACUUAAACCAUCGUGCUGUUAGAGACAGCGAAAGUUACAGUGAUUUUGACCCAAUGUUGGCCUCAAAGUGGACGUUGUUAAUCACAACAGCUGAACAACCUCUUUGCUUACUUGGAGAAUGUUUGACGGAAUUUUUACAUUUAUUAAACAACUCGUCUUCAACGUAUGAUGUCUUGGGCGAGUUUGCGACAUCAGCCACAGGAGCAGCUGAUGUGAAUAACCCUUUGGAUUUAUUAACAGAGCCUAAGGUACCAACAAUAUCAAGUUUACUCACAAGAGCGGCCAGAAAUUCCUUGACGAAGAACAGAAGGGGCGUUGCACCUUUGUCUGAAGAGGUUUUAGUGCCUAUACUGUACUUUUUAUUUCCUGAUGCGGAAGAAGACUCUCCUCAUGUCUAUAAAGAAAUGUUCAACACCAAUCCCACCAAUCCACCGCAAACGGAAGAAAACCUUAACCUUGAUUAUGAAUGUCGGGGGUUUAAAACAUGCAGUUCCGACUCUUUGAUCUGGCGAUUAUCAAUCGUUUUGGGUCACGCACUCCAGUCCCUUGGUGGCAUUCGAGCCUUUUCACACUUGUGGUUCGAAUUCGUCCAAGAAAUGAGGUACAGAUGGGAGAAAAGCAUUCCAAUUCCUGGACUUUUACCUGGUUACCCUGAUUUACGUACUAGCCUUUUACACCAAAAACUCCAAAUGCUAAACUGUUGCAUUGAGCGAAAACAGACACGUGAAAACACCGCUACUAACUUUGAUUCGGCCGAAGGCUCAUCCACCGAUGAGGAAGAAUUCUUCGAUUGUGCAGAUAAACCUGAAGAGGAGACAAAAAAGAAAGAAAAGUACUCCCUAUGGAACCAACCCGUGGGAAGACUCGGAAAGUUCAACAAUUUGAAAUUACUAAAAACCGGCGAUCCUCUCUACAUCCCCAUCACGCAAGAACCCGUCCCUAAGAGUGAAGACCAGUUGGAGGAGGACACUGAUGUUUUACUCAAAUUGGGUUCCGAUGCUCAAGGUUCCGAAUUGAGGGCUAAAAUGAUGAGUGCUUCCCUCCUCUCGGAUAUGGAGUCGUUCAAAGCUGCUAAUCCCGGCUCAGUCCUCGAGGAUUUCAUUCGCUGGUACUCUCCCCGGGAUUGGAUCGAGGGCGACGACCUGGACGAAUGGGGCCAGAAGAAGGGCCAAUUAAGCUCGCGGAUGAUGAUAGAGGACAACUUCUGGGUGCAGACGUGGGAAUCGGCCAAACCCGUCCCUGCCCAUCGCCAGAAACGGCUUUUUGACGACACCCGCGAGGCCGAAAAGGUGCUCCACUUCAUGGACUCCAGAAAUCUGUGUCAGAUAUGCGAGAUGCUAAUCCCGGUUUUAUGCCACAUCGCCAUCUACAGAUUGGGCGAAGAGAGUCCUCGCGAGCUUCCGGACUCGGUCGAAAGAUUGCGCGCUCUGAUUAAAACCACCGAACGAAUUUCUAGAGAGAGUAAACUCCAGUUGAGGCGAUUCGAGAGUUUUAUUCAAGAGGUGACAGCACUUGAACUGCGGAUCUCGCAAGUCAACUCGCUGAUGUAUAAAUUUAAUCCCUCGGGAGCCGUUGAUGAGAAUUUAUCUAAUUUGAUUGGGAAUCUGGUUAGCGGACGCGAAGUGGAAAUUGCCGAUCGAGUCGAUUCCACUUUGGGUAAUCGAAUUGUUAGCAUGUUUUCCGACGCUCAGAAAGCAGCUAAUAUGAUUCUUUCGGAACAAGUGAGCGAAGACGGGAAAAGUGUCAAGGGAAAUGCCGCAUUUCCUCAAGCCAAUGAGAGGGAAAUUGUUAUGAGAGUCUCAGUGCCGAGACCGGCGACUUACUCAGCGGAAUGUCCGCAGUUUCUCAGAGCGGUUUUGAACAAGAAUGAAUUCAGGCUCGUGGGGGCCUUCUCCGAGGACAUAGUCUUCUUUUAACGACUUAUUUUUAGAUUUUUAUUGUUAUUCAAGCUGUAUCUAAGAAUCAUUUAUUUCU